UGUUUCCUUAAAUUAUAUUCUGCAGGCUUACAUUUCAAGUGGCCAUUAGGGGCCCCUAUGCUGGCAGCAAUAUAUGCAAUGAGUAUGGUUUUAAAAAUGCUGCCUGCCCUGGGUAUGGCGUGUCCACCCAAAUGCCGCUGCGAGAAGCUGCUCUUCUACUGCGACUCUCAGGGCUUCCACUCAGUGCCAAACACCACUGACAAGGGCUCUCUGGGCCUGUCCCUGAGGCACAAUCAUAUCGCGGAGCUCGAAAGGGAUCAAUUUGCCAGCUUCAGUCAACUUACCUGGCUCCACUUAGACCACAAUCAAAUUUCAACAGUAAAAGAAGAUGCUUUUCAAGGACUAUAUAAACUUAGGGAAUUAAUCUUAAGUUCCAACAAAAUAUUUUACUUGCCAAACACAACUUUUACCCAACUAAUCAACCUGCAAAAUUUGGACCUGUCUUUUAAUCAGCUGUCAUCUCUGCACCCAGAGCUUUUCUACGGCCUCCGGAAACUGCAGACCUUGCAUUUACGGUCCAACUCCCUGCGGACUAUCCCAGUACGCCUGUUCUGGGACUGUCGUAGUCUGGAGUUUCUGGAUUUGAGCACAAACCGUUUGCGAAGUUUGGCUCGCAAUGGAUUUGCGGGAUUAAUCAAACUGAAAGAGCUUCACCUAGAGCACAACCAGCUGACGAAGAUUAAUUUUGCUCAUUUCCUACGGCUAAGCAGUCUGCACACGCUCUUCUUACAAUGGAACAAAAUUAGCAACUUGACAUGUGGGAUGGAGUGGACCUGGGGCACUUUAGAAAAGCUAGACCUGACUGGAAAUGAAAUCAAAGCCAUUGACUUGGUGGUGUUUGAAACUAUGCCUAACCUUAAAAUACUCCUCCUGGAUAACAACAAGUUAAAUAGCCUUGAUUCCAAGAUCUUAAACUCCCUGAGAUCCCUGACGACUGUUGGCCUCUCUGGCAAUCUGUGGGAAUGCAGCCCCGGAAUAUGUGCUUUGGCCUCCUGGCUGGGCAGUUUCCAAGGUCGGUGGGAGCAUUCCAUCCUAUGCCACAGCCCUGACCACACCCAAGGAGAGGAUAUUCUAGAUGCAGUCCAUGGAUUUCAGCUCUGCUGGAAUUUGUCAACCGCUGUCACUGCUAUGGCUACAACUUAUAGAGAUCCAACCACUGAAUACACAAAAAGAAUAAGCUCAUCAAGUUACCAUGUGGGAGACAAAGAAAUCCCAACUACUGCAGGCAUAGCAGUUACCACCGAGGAACACUUUCCUGAACCAGACAAUGCCAUCUUCACUCAGCGGGUAAUUACAGGAACAAUGGCUUUAUUGUUUUCUUUCUUUUUUAUUAUUUUUAUAGUGUUCAUCUCCAGGAAGUGCUGCCCUCCCACUUUAAGAAGAAUUAGGCAGUGCUCAAUGAUUCAGAACCACAGGCAGCUCCGAUCCCAAACACGGCUCCAUAUGUCAAACAUGUCAGACCAAGGACCGUAUAAUGAAUAUGAAGCCACCCAUGAAGGACCCUUCAUCAUCAUUAAUGGCUAUGGACAGUGCAAGUGUCAGCAGCUGCCAUACAAAGAAUGUGAAGUAUAAUAUCUACCUGUCAUCAAAAAUCACAUCAGAUAAGUAACCUAUUUUACAUAGUAGGGGCUAAAUACAUAUCUAAUUUUUACCAAUGGUGACAUUAAGCCUAAUUUUCCAAGCCAAGUGGAGACUUAGUUUUUGAAGUGUUGAAGUAUUUUUAAUUUUUUUUUAACAAAACCAUAUUUUAAGUGUUAAAUGAAGCAAUGCUCACAUUAAUUUGCAUUCCUGUUGGAAAGUUAAAAAAUGCUCACUUCAAAAUAAGAUGUUUCAUGUAUGUAAUUAUAUACUACCAUGUGUAAACAUUUACACUAAGGUCUCCAUAUGCUAUUUUUUUCUACUGAACACAGUUUGGAAAGAAGCUACUAAGCAGAAAAAGACAGGGAUCAAUACUUGUUUGACCAUUGCACUCCAUCCCACAUACCACAACUGGCUUGCUGCUUAAAAGGAGGCUGAGCAAAGUUCUCUUGUAUGAUAAUUUGGUAUUAACUAAAAUCAACAAUCUACUGCCAGUAUGGGAAGUAGAUUUUCACAUAUGCUGAAGACUGGUGAAUAUUAAAUACUCUUUUUCCAGAGUUUUUGCCUGGGUUAGUAGAUAUUAUCAAAGUCCACAUCAUGAAUUCAGAACCCUUUAUGUAAUUCUAAUAAGCUGAGUGACUCUUUAAUAUACUUAAACAAUAAAUUCAAGUGUUUGUGAAAAGGUCUCAUUAAAAUGAAAUCAAUACUAAAUAAUUACACUGACAUCAUACAUCUCUAGCUUGUCUUAUAAUGGACAUGGUGAUUUAUGUGGCAUUUAGGCUAUUAUUUUAAGCUAGUAAUUACCAUUUUACUAAUUAAUUUACUAAAUCCUAUAUUUACAUGUAUAUUUUAAAAAAGAUUUAAAAACUAUCUGAGAUAAAUUGAGUCAAUUUAACAAUCCUAUGACACGCUCCCUUCCUCAUUUGGAAUACAUACACACAACAGUCUCUUCUUUCCCUCUUUCAACAGUCAUGAUCAAAGAUGCCUUGACAAAAAGGUUUAAACCUCUUUCUUCUGCCUUUUCCUGAUCUUCAAACCUCAAAGAGCCAAAUUAAAAAUAAUUGGCUAGCAACAGGCAUAACACUGAUUCUUGUUAGAAUGCAUUAUAAAGGAACCAUGAAAAAAAACCACUUCCUAAAAUAUUAUAUGCUAAACUUCACCUUUUAAUAAACAUACAUAUCUACAUUGUAAAAGCAGUUCUAAGGGAAGGAAAGGACAUAUUACCCAGUCAAACCCUCUCAUGGGUAGAACACCUUACAUGCCUAUUGCAGCCACACAGCAGUUAAGAGAGGACGAAGGGGAAAGGCAGCAUUAUGAAAUCUGGCUCUCACAGAAGCAGGUUAACUGCAACUGUAAGACAGCCAGGACACGAUCUCCAUCAUACAGGGCAAGGGCCCAGGAGCUGAAGGGGUGGGGGAGAGGUUUUCGUGCUAUCAAUAUAAACAUCUCAAAAUUAACAAAUGAUAAUGGUGCCACAUCUUCAUGCAGGAAGAACAAGUAUUUCAUUUCCUCAAUUAUGAUUUCUGUGGAGAAACUAUGACGUGUUUGGGAAUUCGAUACAAGUUAUAAAUUCACAUUUAAAAUUUUUCCAUAAACAAGGAUAUAUAUGUGUACUAGCAAAAUCUGUGAAAUCAGAGCACUCACUUAAUUUUAGAAGAAUGAGCAUUUUUACAACUGCCAUUUUACCUUAUGUGAAAAAAGGCAUAAAUCCUUAGAGAAAACCACUACCAUUUAAAAAAAAAAAGUUAUCUUUUCCUAAACAUGACCGUUAAUAUAAUGAUAUUCUUCAUUCAAGGCAUGUUUUCCUCCCAGGUUUGAACUGAAAACAUUAUGACUACAGUUUAACCCUUAAGAAUUAAUCAACGUUUUUACUUUUUAAUAUUACCAGAAUGCAUGCCUGUAUUUCAAAGAAAAUGUGCCUCAGUAAAAUGCAAAUAAGAUCACAAAUUAUGGUAAAAUGGGCUCUCUUAAUUUUUUUAAGGUGGGCAGAUUACUCUGACAAAGACUCAACCCAGUCCAGCUGAUUCUGAACGGUGAGCAUUUCAUCUCUUAUUAACGCCAGCCCUGGGCUUGCCUGGGCAGGGACAGAAGCAGAUUUAGCAGGAGAGAGUGCAGCUCACUGCUUCUCCACCAAAGGGAUGGAUCAGAAGCUCCCUACAAAUAAGAGGUCUACGAGCUAAAAUUUACCAACCCAGUUAUCAGGGUGACCACAGCCAUUUGUCAGGGAACAGACUGGUCACAUCAUAACUGCCCUAAGCAUACAAGAUUUCAUCAGUCCUGAAGGAUAGCGGAGAAGGAGUAUCUUCCAUUAUUUCAACCACCACCAAAAUUAAUUCAAACUUUGAGUUGGAAGGGUAAGAAAUAUUGGCUGGGGAUCCCCACAUUAAUCCUAAAGGUUACAGUUAGUAAAAUGGACCACCAACUGGCAAAAUCCUAAAUGCACGUGCAAAAAGCAAACUGGAAAAGCCUGCUAUUUAAUAUGGUAAUGCAGGGGAACAGCAUAACCAAGGCCACCGAGGUACUUUCCCUUGAAAAAUAAUAGAUUUCUUUUUUUGCUCUCCAUUUUUUUUUUUUUUUU